CGCACUCACUUUGGUUCCGUCUCCCCAGUCGGCUACAUUGUCAGCUCUUUGCUCUCUCUUGCCUGCCUGCCUACGUCGCCUUGUCAUCGUCGCCAAGUGUUUGAUUUUUACGUGUUCGUCGUCGCUUAUCGUGGUCACCAUGGCGGAGAAGAAGGAAGAGAACAUGCCGACCUUCAAGUGUGUCUUGGUGGGGGAUGGAGGGACUGGGAAAACCACGUUCGUCAAGCGUCACGUGUCUGGAGAAUUCGAGAAAAAGUAUGUCGCCACGUCUGGCGUCGAAGUCCGCCCGCUCGUCUUCAAUACGUCGCGAGGCUCGAUCCGUUUCGAAGUGUGGGACACAGCAGGUCAGGAGAAAUCUGGAGGCUUGCGGGACGGUUAUUAUACUCAGGGUCAUUGUGCGAUUAUAAUGUUCGAUUUGACUACUCGUGCCACGUAUAAGAACGUGCCGAACUGGCAUCGGGAUUUGGUUAGGGUUUGCGAGAACAUACCGAUUGUACUUUGCGGGAACAAAGUUGACAUCAAGGAUCGGAAGGUGAAGGCAAAGAGCAUCGUUUUCCAUCGGAAGAAGAAUCUACAAUAUUACGAUAUCUCCGCUAAGAGCAACUACAACUUUGAGAAACCAUUUCUCUGGCUGGCUCGUAAACUUAUUGGGGAUGCCAACCUUGAGUUCGUCGCCAUGCCAGCGCUGGCGGCACCAGAGGUCCACAUGGAUCCUGCUUGGCAACGACAGAUUGAAAACGAUCUCCAGGAGGCAGCCAACGUUGCUCUACCCGAUGAUGAUGAAGAUCUAUAAGCUCCAUCUUUUCUCACUAACAUCAAAGCUAACAGCAACAUCUUCGUCGUCGAU